AUGAGCUCCUGUCUAACACUAGGGAUACACUCCUCUGGGGCAGGAGGUGAUGAGAAAACAGCCGGUCGCAAUGAAACUUCUAGGAACAAAGAACUUUCUCAGGACGCGCUUCUGAGAAUCCGGGAUAACACAGAUCGACGCUCACCAUCGCUUUACAGUGUCGCCGAUACCAGUCCCUCUAGUCCCUGCUCACCAUCGCUUUACAGUGUCGCCGAUCUGAUACCAGUCCCUCUAGUCCCUGCUCACCAUCGCUUUACAGUGUUGCCGAUACCAGUCCCUCUAGUCCCUGCUCACCAUCGCUUUACAGUGUCGCCGAUACCAGUCCCUCUAGUCCCUGCUCACCAUCGCUUUACAGUGUUGCUGAUACCAGUCCCUCUAGUCCCUGUUCACCAUCGCUUUACAGUGUCGCCGAUACCAGUCCCUCUAGUCCCUGCUCACCAUCGCUUUACAGUGUUGCCGAUACCAGUCCCUCUAGUCCCUGCUCACCAUCGCUUUACAGUGUCGCCGAUACCAGUCCCUCUAGUCCCUGCUCACCAUCGCUUUACAGUGUCGCCGAUACCAGUCCCUCUAGUCCCUGCUCACCAUCGCUUUACAGUGUUGCCGAUACCAGUCCCUCUAGUCCCUGCUCACCAUCGCUUUACAGUGUUGCCGAUACCAGUCCCUCUAGUCCCUGCUCACCAUCGCUUUACAGUGUCGCCGAUACCAGUCUCUCUAGUCCCUGCUCACCAUCGCUUUACAGUGUUGCUGAUACCAGUCCCUCUAGUCCCUGCUCACCAUCGCUUUACAGUGUCGCCGAUACCAGUCCCUCAUUAA